AUGUCCUACAAAAAUAAGGGUCAGAAAAUGUCCGUGGGAAUUACCAAAUACAUACAAGAUGUCAUAUUAAAAGAACUUAAACAUUUACUUGUACAAACUGCCACAAAAGAUCCCUUCACUGAUGAAUGGGCAUCCGCAAAACCGUUUCGAUCUAUACCAGGACCUAGCAAAUAUAAAUUGUUCGUUGAGUUUCUACCCGGCGGCCGCUUUCACAACAAAUCCCUCGUAGAGCUCAACACAUUGUGGCGCAAGGAUUACGGCGAUAUAUUUUUAAUACCCGGUAUUUUUGGUAAACGUGAUGUGCUCUUCACUUUUCAGCCCAACGAUUACCAGACAGUUUUUCGCACUGAAGGCCCACAACCUAUACGCAUGGGCCUCGACAUAGUGCAAUACCAUCGACAGGUGCAUCGACCCGAAAUCUUUAAGCAUGCUGCGGGGCUAGUGGCAGAACAGGGAGAAGGCUGGGCACACUUUCGCACCGCCGUCAAUCCGGUUAUGAUGAACCCGAAGACAACUAAUGUCUAUGCACCUAAAAUGAAUAGAGUUGCCGAUGAAUUUUUGGCGCUAAUCAAACGAAAACGUGAUUCGCACACACACGAAAUGUCCAGUGAUUUUGAAAGCUACAUCAAUUACUGGGCCAUGGACGCCGUGUGUUUGGUGGCGCUAGAUACAGAGUUGGGUAUGAUAAACAAUAGCGCUGAUCAUCCCAAAGCUAAGGCAGUCAUUGAUGGCAUGCGCAAAUUUUUCGAGCUGCUCUUUGAGUUGGACUUGAAGCCAUCGUUGUGGAAGUAUGUGGCUACACCGAAUUUUCGCCGCGUCAUACGCACUUUAGAUGAGUUAACCGAAAUCUCAAUUCACUAUAUCGAUGAGGCUAUAAAACGAGACGCAGCACAAUUGGCACAGAGGGAUGUUGAACAGAGCGUAUUGCAACGGCUGAUUAGCAUCGAUCGCACAGUGGCCAUUGUCAUGGCAAUGGACAUGAUGAUGGCGGGGGUGGAUACGACUACUUCCGCCAUGACGAGUUGCCUUCUAAGUCUCGCUAAGAAUACCGAAAAACAAUGUCUGCUGCGUGAAGAAGUGCUUGGUAUUUUACCCGAUAAGCAUAGCGCCGUUACAAGCGCUAAACUAAAGAAUUUGCCCUAUUUACGCGCUUGCAUUAAAGAGGCUUUUCGUCUGUAUCCAGUUGCGGCGGGCAAUUUUCGCACAACCGCUCAAGAUGUGGUACUCAGUGGUUAUCAAGUGCCCAAAGGCGUGGAUGUUGCCAUGCCAGCUUACUUGUUGCAGCGCGACGAGCAAAACUAUGGGCGUCCAAAUGAGUAUUUGCCGGAACGUUGGUUGCGUGGCGUAAGCCCAGUAGACGCCUCUGGUUGUGCGCUAAAUCGAAAUGUGCCCUUCGUAUUUCUGCCAUUUGGCUUUGGCCCACGCAUUUGUAUUGGCAAACGUAUUGUAGCUUUAGAAUUGGAGGUUACGUUAGCUAAAUUAAUUAGGAAUUUUGAAAUUGGUUAUGACUACCCCGCAGAGGGUAUGUUUAAGACAAAUAUCAUUCAUGUUCCGGCGAAACCACUUCAUUUUAAGUUCACUGAUGUGAGAACGUAAAAUUAUGAGAUGCUUUCAUCUGGUCUUCUAAAUUAAACACAAAUUUACAAAGACAUUUAUUAAAAUAUAUCAAACACACUCUA